AUCAAACGUGCGGUUGAAACGUCACUUCCUGGUCGGAGCUUGGUAACUGUGCAAGUCCGAUAUUUAGAAGAUUUACUAGUAACAGCCAUUUGAUUUAAUCUACUGUGUUGUUUUCCCCUUUUUCAUUUCAUUUCAGUUUUUAAUUGAACGCAGUUUAUUAGUUUAUUCUUCUGUGUCUUUUGCAGUCUCAGACGGGAAUCACGUGACCGUGUUAUGACGAAGACGCUAAAUACAGAUCAAACCAGGAACCCGUGUGAUGCUGGAUUUGUCGCUAUCGAACAGCAGUAAAAUGUACUGUUAGCGGUGAGUGGUGUUUUAUAUGAAGCCUAAAAUGCGUCCCUCCCGUCGUUUUAGCGCAGUUCAGCCGGUGGCAGCCUGCAUGCAGCAUUAGCCGCAGAGUGUUAACCGGGUUACGCUCAUUUACACAGCUUAGUUGUUGGACCGCCCACUCAUGGAAGACCCGUCCCCGGAGCAGAGAACUCCAGAUCCCAUUAGAAGGUCGCCAGCUUCCAGGACCAGACCCAUUGUAAGCCCCAGGACUGAGAGCAUGGGGGGCAUGAUGGCAUCUGUUCUCCACUGGGUCCAUGACGUCGCCUCCGUCACCCUCCUCAAGGCCCGCAGGACUUUAUUUCAAGCUGCUGUUCUCUUCUGCGUGCUGGUCCUGCUCCUGUGGGUUUCCAUCUUUCUGUAUGGGAGUUUCUAUUACUCCUACAUGCCCACGGUGAGCUUCUCCACGCCAGUGCACUACCGCUACAGCUCCGAUUGUGACCCCUCAGGGUCAGGCCUCUGUUCCUUCCCUACAGCCAACAUCUCCUUCCUGAAGAAUGAGCGGGACCAGGUCAUCGCGUAUGGUCAGCCCUAUCGGAUCUCCCUGGAGCUGGAGAUGCCAGAGUCGCCUGUGAACGAGCAGCUGGGAAUGUUCAUGGUCAAGAUGUCCUGCUACACCCAUGGUGGCAAGACCGUGUCGUUGGUGGCGAGGUCUACCAUGCUGCACUACCGCUCCAGCCUGCUGCAGACGCUCAGCACCUUCUUCUAUUCACCGCUUCUGUUGACUGGGAUGGCGGAGCAGAAGCAACUCAUCGAAGUGGAGCUCUUCACCAGCUUCAAGUCCAACGCUUACCAGCCGACAGUUGGAGCAGUUGUCGAGAUCCAAUCGAAGCGCGUGCAGAUCUACUCGUCCCAGCUGCGCAUCCAUGCCUACUUCACGGGCGUACGAUAUGUGCUGUACAACUUCCCACUGACAUCCGCGGUCAUCGGGGUGGCCACCAACUUCGUCUUCCUCACCGUCGUCGUGCUUUUCAGCUACCUGCAGUUUGUCUGGGGCGGGCUGUGGCCCCCAGAUCAGGUCAGAGUCAGGGUCACCAUUGGAGAUAACACCCGCACGCAGCAGAGGAGAGAGGAGGCUCGGAAGCGCAUGGAGAAGGACAACCUCAAGAAAAACCCCAGUGCUCCGAGCUUAAUCGGUCCCACUGCUGAGACGACAGAAUUCCAGGAAAGGGAUGCGGCGGCAGAGUGUUCCUCAAUCGAGCCAUUACAUGUCCCUGAGGGGGAAACACUGGAUUCUACAAAUAAGGAGUCUCAUGACUGUGAACCUCUGGAGGAAGAGUCGGGUGCUGAGGUUACGUCUGUGCUGCCUGAACACAGCGAGACCACUCUCCGGCAGAGAGCCGGCCCCUGGAUGAGCCUCUGAACGACGACAGUCCAAACAUAUACCGCUUGAAACCAUAUCACAAUUGUGAGACUCAUUAUUUUACAGAACAGUUUACCACUUUAUUGUGUAUCUUUGUUGAGAACUAGGAUAGUAGCCCACAUUCCAAGCACGGCACGUCUCACAAUAUUUCCUCUUUUUUACCUAUGCUGCUGUACAUUGAGCACAUUUUUAUUUAUACAUCUACCAACUUGACCUGGGGCGGAAAACCUGAAGUCCUGCUUUAGCUCCUCUCAGAUCAUGCCACAGUUCCUGCUUAACCUUAAAUGUACUGGUUAAAACAGCUUGGAUAUUGUCGUCACACGGUUUCAGACCCAGUGUGUUCACAAAGUGCCCUUGUCAUACUCACUCUGUAACUCCUUCUUAGCAAUUUGUUUCAGAGAAGAGCUUCCUGAAUACAGUCUUUCAAAGAGUCCUAAACCACUGUGCAAGGUUUAAUGUGUGCAUGACUGCUCUGUUCCCCAGCUCUGUCAUGCUGCUGAAGUCCUCAUCUCAUCCAUCUUUCUGUGUUUGUUACAUUUAUGACUCAUGUUGAAUGUAUUUAUUGCAUUGCCUGUUGUUGUUUUGGACCAUUUUAUAUUUUUGUUGUUUUAAGCCAUUGGUCGAGCACAUCUAUAUCAAUGGAGGAAGUGUUAUAAUACAGUCUUUUAAUGUGAGUGUAGGUUGUUGGGGAGGAUUUCUUGCAAGUUUAUUAGAAAGCACUGGCGGGUGGGAUGAAGUGUUAUGGACCAAAAGUAUGUUAACCUCUGUCUGGUGUUGCAAAAAAACGUCUGCAAAGUUACAGGUUCUAUUUAUUUUCUCUUGGUUUGUAUUGAAUAAACA